GGAGACAAAAAAGAAUGUUGCCAAACUCUCAGAGCACAACAUCAUGAGCGUAACUACAGUAACUCAACCAAGAAUCUUGCGAAUCUCUGUGAGUGAUCCUUACGCUACAGAUUCCUCCAGCGACGAAGAAGAAGAUUUUGCAGAUAUCUCUAACAAACGACGUCGUGUCAAGAAGUACGUUAACGAAGUGGUUCUUGAGUCUACCAUCUCCGACAAAGACAGGCCAAAGAAGAAGAAGAGACCGAACACGAAGCCGACGACACUCGAGACUGCUGUUUCUGCUCCGGCGAGAAAGUACCGGGGAGUCAGACAACGGCCGUGGGGGAAAUGGGCGGCGGAGAUUAGAGAUCCGAGUAGACGUGUACGGCUCUGGUUAGGCACUUACGAUACGGCGGAGGAAGCCGCCAUUGUUUACGACAACGCAGCUAUACAACUACGUGGCCCAAACGCGCUCACUAACUUCUCUCCUCCUCCUCCGGCGACGAAGAACGGCGAAGAAGCUUCGAAGGAGAUGGACGGAGUCUCGGAUAUAACCACAAGCGGCGGUGGAGAAUGUCUCGGUUCUCCCGUUUCUGUUCUCCAAACUCCCUUCUCCGGCGAGUCUACGGCGGCGGUUGAGGUGAAAGAAGAGUUUCCCGGCGUAUCGACGGCGGCGGUAGAGGUGAAAGAGGAGCCGUCAGAACCAGUUUUAGAUACUUUCACGGAUUUCUCUUCGCCGUUGUUCCUAGACGACGACGUUUUUGGUUUCCCGACGUCGAUGCCUGACUGUUUCGGAGAUGAUUUUUUUGCGGAUAUGAGUUUCGGGUUCGGGUCUGGAUUCUCCAACUGGCACGUGGAGGACCAUUUUCAAGAUAUUGGGGAUCUUUUCGGGUCGGAUCCUCUUUUAACUGUUUAGCACAUUAUGAAAAAAAAGUAACCGGCCGUUAAUCGGCACUCGGCAAGUUUUGUUACUGGCGUGAGAUAAAACAAUUAUCGUAAAGAAUUUGAUCCAAAAAAAAAAGAAUUUGUUUUAUACAAGAAUUAUAUGCGAGAAAAGGAUUUGUUAUAUAUGAUUCAAAUUUAAAUUUAAUUAGUAUAGUAACGGUGAAUCUUACGUUGAAUAACGUCUGUAUCUUAACGGU